AUGGGUGUGGAAGCCGUGACGACAGAUGUACCACCAAAACUCAGCACUAUCGAAGCGUCGAAACGGUUAGCGGCGUGGACAGCGGUGGACAGGCAUGUUAAGGAGGAACACAAGGUUAUCGGUAUAGGCUCAGGAUCCACAGUCCCGUAUGUUGUCGAGCGGAUAGUAGCACAAGGCCGCGAGGCGAACAAGGACCGCGUUUUCAUUCCAACCGGCUUCCAGUCGAAAGAAUUGAUCGUGAAGGGCAACCUUCUCCUGGGCGACGUCGACCAGUACCCACGGAUAGACGUCACACUCGACGGCGCAGACGAGGUCGACAAGGACCUCAACGCGAUCAAGGGCGGCGGUGCAUGUCAUCUCCGAGAGAAGGUGCUCGCUGAGGCGGCAGACACCUUCAUCGUGGUCGCCGACUACCGCAAAAACUCCGAAGUGCUCGGCACGACGUACACCGCGGGCAUCCCGAUCGAGGUCGCGCCCUUCGCGUACGCCAAGGUCUUGCAGAACCUGCAUGCCAUCGGGAGCCCCAACGCCGCACUAAGGAUGGCGCAGAAGAAGGCGGGGCCUGUGGUCUCGGAUAACGGCAAUUUCAUCAUUGACGCGCCGUUCCCCGAGGAGGACAUGAAGGAUCCGUACACGCUCCUCACCAAGCUGAAGAUGCUAACAGGCGUCGUCGAGGUCGGCCUCUUCUGCCACAUGGCCAAGGCCGCGUAUUUCGGCAACCAGGACGGAAGCGUGACCGUCCGCUGGCUAGACGGGCGCGUCGAGCACGUCUCGAAGCGUGCGAGCCCGCUCGUCCCGCCCGAGGACAGCACGGACGAUGAGCCGAGCCCCAUGCCCGACGGGCCCUUGGAACAUAGUAUCGGGAAUAGCAAAGGCGCGCCUGCGGUUAACGGGAAUGGGGACAAGGCCUGA